AUGAAGAAUUGUCAAAAUUUGGGAAAGACAAUCAUUGAUCUCAAAGAUGGACCUGGUUCUGAUCCUUACAAGUGCGAGUGUUCGAAGCAAUACAGUGGAGAUCUCUGCAAAAUUGGUGAGUUGUCGAAGUAAUUGAUUGAUUGCUGCGCAAGAUAAACAUGAAACAGAAUGAGAAUCCAGUUGUUUUAUCAACUAACAAGAACUCAUAUCAAGCUGCUAAAAAUGUUUACGCAUGUUCGUUCUGGUGCUGCCACGUCAACAUCAAACUGUCUACUGUAUAAUAAUUAGCAUUCGUUGAAUUCAGUAAUUUGGAAAAACACAUGCACUGGUGAGAUUUUUAAAGAUGAUCAAAAUUGCAUGAGUCCGAAGGAAGAAAACUCACGAGGCUCUUACAACAAUUUUGUUUUUCAAGAGCAGACUUGAAAUUAUUUGACUUAAUAUUUAACAUGAAAAAUAUUUCAUGUACUGUAGCCUACAUGCAUGAUUAUAAUUAUAAUUUUAAGAUAUAAAGUAUCAAAAUUUUCCAUGCCUUAGCUAUAGAUACAAAAAUACAGUAGAUAAAAAAAAAUAUGUGGAUCCAAUAGAAUUUCAGCAUGUUUCUUAUUCUCAUUUAGUCCCGCUGCCUUCUGUCGAUUCAGCCAUAUUGUCUGGAGAACCAGCUGACUUUCUAACAAGAUUAAUUUCUUGGACCGGCAUUACAUCAAGCACUAUUUGGAAUCUCUGUUGGCGUGCAACUAAGCAUGGAUGGACAGUCAGUACCUUCCAUGAAAACUGUGAUUUCAAGAAACCAACCGUGAACAUAAUAAAAGUUGGUAACUUCAUCUUCGGUGGUUAUGCUACGGAGUCUUGGAAAG